UAUUUUGAAUACAAAAUGACUGGCUUUACUGGCUUAAUGACAGGUUGCGGUUUAUGCAAGAUGGCAGCUCCUCUGGUGGACCAUGUUGUUGCAGAUGCUGGAGCUUUUUUAAAGAACGUUGCUCUCCAGGAUAUUGGCAGGAACAUUUACACAUUGAAAGAUGUCGUCGAAGAAAUCAGGGACAAACAAACCAGGAGGAGUCUGGCGUUUUUGCCAUACCAGCUCCAGUUUAAAGAGCCACAUCCUGAACAUGUUCGACAUGUGACAGAAUUCUCCAAAAAGACUGGCGAUUACCCAAGUCUUUCAGCCACUGAUAUUAAAGUCCUGGCUUUGACCUAUCAGCUGGAGCUGGAACAUGUUGGUUCGCAACACUUGAGAACCCAGCCAGAGAUCAAGGUUAAUAUUCACGGAACACAGCGCCAUCCAGAGACUCCCGUGAACAUUGCAGGAUUUCAUUUACCCCACAAGCAACCAAGUAAUAAUAAAAUCAGCAAAGAGCAUUGCACUAAGACAGAUUCCUCAAAUUUCCAAGACUGUGACGAGUUCAACACCUUUCAGUUCUGGAGAGAGCCGCUGCCAUCAAUCGGUGACGACUUGCUGGAGCUCCUUGAUUCAGGCAAUGUUGUAAACAAUGAACAAACGCAGACAUCACUAAUGUCCACUGCAGCAUCUGAGGGUGAUGAAUUCAACUCCUUCCAGUUUUGGAGAGAACCACUGCCACCUUUGGACGAAGGUGUUCUGGGUUUACUGAAUGGGAAUGGUUACAGGACUUUAGACAAAAGGUCAGAAUUGCAAAAGGAAAGUCAAACCAAUGAUGAUGGGAAAGAGAAUGAGCUAGAGGAGGAAGAGGAGGAGGAGGAAGAGGAGGAGGAGGAGGAAGACGACGAUGACGGAGGAGGUUGGAUCACCCCCAGUAACAUCAGACAUGUUAAGAUGGAGUCUCCUGAUGGGGCAGUCUCAGCGAAUGUCAGAGUGGGUUGUCUGACUACUGACUUUGCUAUGCAGAAUGUUCUCAUUCAGAUCGGACUCCACGUGCUCUCUGUUAAUGGAAUGAUCAUCAAACAGGCAAGGAACUACAUCCUGAGAUGUCACGCCUGCUUUAAAACAACGAGCAAUAUGAACAAGGUGUUUUGUCAACAUUGCGGAAACAAGACUUUGAAGAAGGUGGCAGUGACGAUCUGUGAAGAUGGCAAUAUGAAGAUGCAUUUCUCUACCAAUCCAAAAGUACUGAACCCAAGGGGACUGAGGUACUCACUGCCUCAGCCACAAGGCGGGAAACAUGCUAACAAUCCACAGCUGGUGGAGGACCAACCCUGCCCACAGCAACGGUUGUCUCAAAAGGCUCGGCAAACGAAUGAUGUCUUUAACCCAGAUUACUGA